AUGAACAGCAUAUUCUUGGAGGAUCCGAGUCUCUCCGAGGUGAAGAUUCUGUGCCCGGCUGGUGGCUGCUGUACGGAGGGAGAUGUGCUGGAUGUGCUGCUGCGUCAACGGAGCUCCGCGUCCACCUACCUCGUCCUGUGGCAGGCACUCUACAGCCGGAGGGUACUUCUGCUGGUAGAUGGUGGUGAUGAAAAUGAUCCUCAGAGCUGGGAGUUUCUGACACACUACCUGCAUCAUCUGACUGUCAUUGGACAUCCAGUGGUCCUAUUUGCUCGACCCUUGCAGUCGUCUUUUCGAUGGCACUUGAAAGAUCAUUUCGCUGCUACCAGCAGCUUUCGCCUGGGCUGUUUGUCGCAGCCCCUGCAACGCCUUGGCGCCUCUGCACGGCUGGGCUUGGCGUCGGAGGACUUUCAGUCACUGGGAGCUUCGCAGGUUUCAGGGUGGGAACAGGUCCAGCAUCCACCAUGGUUUCAGGGUUGUGCUGAUGGAACACACUUUUAA